AUGUCGGACAUCAGAGACAUCUCCGUCAUCUCCACCAAACAGCUCGACUCGCCCAAACCCCACACCGUCUACAUCAUCCAGAUCACAACACCUACCCGGAGCUGGACAGUGACGCGCCGGUAUAACGAUUUCGUCGACCUCCAUACCGAGCUCAAGUCGUCUACGGGGAGCGAACCGCCUGCUGGUUUGCCGCCCAAAACAUGGGGGUUGGCGUUUGGCAAGAGCAACGAGGAAAAGGUCCGGCAGCGCAAACCCCUUCUAGAGCUCUACCUUCGUACUAUCCUGAAUACUAAGAACCCCCUCUGGCGUACAGCCUACACAUUCUCAGACUUUCUCUCCGUCCCCUCUCACUCCACUACUGCCUCCGCCCCCGGCCAAUCCGGCGGACUGAAAUUCACUCCACAAUCAUGGAUGCUCGAGCACGGCGCUAUCCAAACUCUUCUCCGUACAUCCCGCUCAUCUUUACUCAAACGCGAUGCUUUGGCAAGCAUGUCGAACGCUUCUGGCUCGCGCUCUGCUGCUGUGGAAGCCAAACGCCAUCUUAAAGAAGUCGACGCUAAACUGGACGUACUCGAAAAGGGUCUCAAAAGCCUGCAAGGAUUAGGAGAAGGCGAGGCGAGGAGGAGGGAAGAGAUGGUGGAGGGGUUAAAGGUGGAGAGACAGACUUUGGGGAGGAUGGCAGAGGCGGGGGUGAGGACGGCGGCGCCGCCGGGUGGGGCGAGCUUGGGAGGGGCGAGGGAUGGGUCUUCCAACCCCUGGGCACCGGCAGGCCAGACCAUACCCGGAGCUCUUCCCUCAGGCCGUGUGUUUGGCUCCAAAGCUCCACCGCAAGAGACGGAACAAACCCGCCCGCUCGACGACCGUCAGCUCCUCCAAUACCAGAAUUCCAACAUGGAACAGCAGGACGAGCAGCUGCGCGGUUUGAGCCGGCUGUUGCAGACGCAGAGAAGGAUGGGGGAGGAGAUACAUGUGGAGAUUGAGAGUCAAAAUGAGCUUUUGGAAGGGAUUGAGCAAGGGGUGGAUAGGACGGGAAAGAAGGUUGGAAAGGCGAAGCGGGAGAUGAAUCGGCUGGGAUGA